UCAUAUAUACAAAUGUACAGAAUGCUUAUGCUGCAUUCUUAGUCAACUAAGAAACAUAUAUAAUUGUCAGCUACAGAAUAAACGAGGCAGUUCAGUUUAAAGAACCAAGAAGACUAGUUGGAAUCAUUUAUUUGGGAAUAAAAAUACCAAGCAAAUCCGAAGAUAUCACUGGAGUAAUUCCGAGAGGGACACUGGACCAUACCGAUAACCUCCUCUACACAUAACUGGCGCAGCCGGGAAAAGAACUAGCGGGAUAUGAUGCCCACUACGCUGGUCGUUCUCACCACACUGGUACUAUACGUAGAUGCCUCCUACUACAAAGUCCAAGAGAUCAAUGAAUCUCAGCCCAUCGCCGCCAUAAACUUGGGAGAUGCAUAUAUAACCCAAAAUUAUAAGUCGAUAACACAUGUGGUAGACAUCGAUAAUUAUAUAGAAUGUACCGAACAAUUAAGUAAGACCAUACAGAACCUACAAGUUGACCCCAUCCUUUACCCAUCCCUCAGUAUAUUAAAAUCCAAAUUAGCAAACCUAGAAGAGAAAGUCUAUAAUCUCACGCCACAUAACAAACAAAAAAGAGGCAUUAUAAAUGGGUUAGGGUCAUUAAUUAAAACAAUAACAGGGAACAUGGAUAGCGCCGAUGCGGAAGAAAUCUUUAAACAACUAGAAAACCUAAAGAGUAACGAGAAAAGACAAAAAGAAAAGGAUAAAACACAGGAUCACUUUAAUCAUGAAAUGUCCCAAGUCGAAAUAUCGCAGAGCUACCAUACAACAGCCCUCUACAGUGGUUUGGGCGUUAUCCUCACUCUGACCAUCAUCCUCUGGAUACAAAGACGCCGAAAGAUCAUCAUGUUCCCAUACCACAUGGACCAGCCGCUCGACGUCACGCCGCCCAUCCCGUCUCUGUGGCCUUUUUACGAUGGCCACUCGGACCCUUCCAUCAGCACCUGUAAUCGUUUCAGUGAUGAUGCCCAGAAGCCAUGUCUGAGGUGGCAGAUUGUCCCCCUGAAUUGCGACAACGGUUCCAGCAGUUACAUUUGGCGACUCCUUAUUCCAUUUCACGCGUUGUUGUAA